AUGUUCAUAUCUAUCUAUCUAUCUAUCUAUCUAUCUAUCUAUCUAUCUAUCUAUCUAUCUAUCUAUCUAUCUAAACCUGGUGGCACAUCUUCCCGUUGUGGCCCAGGUUGCUGUGGUACGGGUGUUUUGAUGGAUCCUCGACAUCAAUAUUUUACUAUCACUCUCUCUUUCUCUCUCUUUCUCUUUCUCUCUCUUUCUCUUUCUCUCUCUCUUUCUCUCUCUAACUCUCUCUCUCUUUCCUUCUCUCUCGCUUUCCUUAUUCUUUUUAUUUCUCUCUUUCUUUCUUUUGCUCUUUUUAUCUCUCUGUUUCUUUCCUUAUCCCAUUUUCACUCUCUCGCUCGUUCUCUCUUUCUCUCUCCAUCUUUCUUUCUUUCUUUCUUUCUUCUUCUCUCUCUUUCGCUUUCCUUAUUCUUUUUUAUUUCACUCUCUCUUUUUCCUUUUUUUCUGUUUUUAUCUCUGUCUUUCUCUCUCCCUACCCCACUUUCACACUCUCGCACUCGCACUCUCUCUCUCUCUCUCUCUCUCUGUUUUCUCUCAUUCUUUCUUCCUCUCUCUGUCCGUCUUUCUCUCUCUGUCAUUCUUUUUUUCUUUCUCAAGUGCGCACUUUCCUUACUCUUUGUAUUUCUCUCUCUUCCUUUCUCUUUCUCUCUUUUCUCUCUCUCUCUCUCUUUCUCUCCCUAUCACACUUUCACUCUCUCGCUCCCUCCCUCUUUCCCUCUUUCUCUGUUUCUUUCUUUCUUUCUUUCUUUCUGUUAUUCUUCUUCUCUCUCUUUCGCUUUCCUUAUUCUUUUUAUUUCACUCUCUUUUUCUUUCUUUAUCUCUUUUUAUCUGUCUCUUUCUUUCUCUGCCUCACUUUCACACUAUCGCUCUCUCUUUUUUCUCUUCCCUUUUCUUUCUUUCUUUCUUUCUUUCUUUCUUUCUUUCUUUCUUUCUUUCUUUCUUAUUCUUUUUUUCUCUUUCGUGCGUGCACUUUCCUUACUCUUUUCAUUUCUCUCUCUCUUCCUUUCUCUUUCUUUUGUCUCUCUCUUUCUCUCCCUAUCUCACUUUCACUCUCUCUCCACCCCUUUCUCUCACCCUCACGCUUUCAUUCUGCCUUUCUUUCUUUAUUCCUCUCGGUCUCUCGAUGAUACAUAA